GUUUCCUUGUUCGACUUAUUCGGUCUGGGGGCGGCUGAGUAAACAGAUAUUCCACAUUAUUAGAGUACAGUAACCGGCGUUUGACAGGAUGUCAGGAUGGCGAGCGUUCCUGACCUGCCGGACAGCCUGGUGCUGGAGAUCUUCCUGCGUCUCCCCCACGCGGCAGUGCUGAACGCCGGCCUGACGUGUCGCCAGUGGUUCGCCGUGUCUCGAGACCAGUUCUUGUGGAAGGAGCUGUUCUAUAGCUAUUACCGUAUCCCGCGCUCAGUACCCCGCCACCCAGCGGCUGUGUCAUGGUACAGAGAGUUUAAGCGGCUCUACGACUGCAUUCCCUGUGUGGAGGUGCAGACUCUGAGGGAGCACCAUGACCAGGUCCUGCAUUUGGCCUUCUCUCAUAGCGGACAUCGCUUCUCCUCCUGCUCCAAAGACUGCACUGUUAAGCUUUGGGACACCGAGCGCCCAGAUGGCACCAUCUCUCUGGUGCACAGCUCCAGUAUGCGGCAGUUUAACUGGGGCUACACACAGUUCUCACAGUUUAACAGCGACGACACACUGCUACUGGUGUCGGGGGUCUACCUCGGACCCCACCACUCCUCUUCUGGAGAGAUCGCCGUCAUCAGCUUAGAGAACUACACGCUUCUCUCGCGAGUGAGGAACAAGCCCUACGAUGUUUUUGGCUGCUGGCUGAACGAGACUCAUCUGAUUUCCGGCAACCUGCACUGGAUCGGCAACAUGACCUCAUGCACCGUGCUUUGGCUCAACAAAGCUUUUCAGGACAUCGAGUCUGAGAACGUCAACGUCGUCAAGCGCCUCUUCAAGAUCCAGAACGUCAACGCGAGCACCAUACGCACGGUGAUGGUGGCCCACUGCCGGCGGCACGACACGCCCGACCUGCUGCUCGACUACGAGGCGCAAUCGCAACAACAGCGCAAGGGAGAAUCGCAACACCACCAGCCACUGCUUUUCAACUUGGGAGCGUCCGAUAGCGAGGAAGAUGACGACGAGAGAGAUACCGAGGGCGGAGAGCAUGCUGAAACCAGGCACUGUGCUCAUCUGCCCCAUCUCAGCCCGUCCAGAUUGGAGCAUGUCAGACAUAGCGGAAGCACUCGCGAGCGUGAACUGGAGGCGUGUGUGGCUCGGUUCAUGGGUAGCAGGCGCACCAAAGCGCCCGAUCCCAGCCUGGUGACACCCUCUGCCCCUGGGGAAGGAGAGGACAAGACCUAUCUACUGUUUACCACAGGCAGCCUUACCUACUCACCUCACCAGAUAGGUAUUAAACGUAUCAUGCCUGAGCAGAUGACCACGUGUGGACCCGUAUUAGGGGAAGAACGCAGUGCAGAGGAAUUUUUCGACUCGCUAGAUCACGUGAUCGACAUUCAUGGCCACAUUAUUGGCAUGGGCUUGUCACCUGAUCACAGAUACCUGUACGUGAACAGUCGCGCGUGGCCGGCGGGCUGCGUGAUUUCAGACCCCAUGUCUCCUCCUCCCAUAGCUGAAGAGAUCGACAUGCACGUGAUCGACCUGAAGAGCCUGCGAGAGGAGCGGCGCAGCCUCCGUGCUCACCGAGCCUUCACGCCUAACGACGAAUGCUUCUUCAUUUUCCUUGAUGUCAGUCGUGACUUCGUGGCCAGCGGUGCUGAAGAUAAGCACGGUUAUAUCUGGGACCGGCAUUACAACAUCUGUCUGGCCCGCCUGCAGCACGACGACGUGGUCAACUCCGUGGCCUUCAGCCCCACCGACCAGGAGCUCCUGCUCUCCGCCAGCGACGACUCCACCAUUAAAGUAUGGCGCUCUCCGCGCAUGGUGCGCCUGGCACGACGGCCGACUCGAGCCCGUGACCUUCUCGCUUCCCUCCGAGCUCGCCGGAACACUAACAUGAAUUUGAAUGGCAAACUUUAAACGGGAGAAAUAGGGACGCAGCACAGGCUCGGGUCUAAGAACAACAACAACAAAAAAAAAAACACCUUACCUUUUAAGGUCAUGACUAUGCAGUCUCGAGCAAAAUGACUGCAAUGAGUCAGCAUGUUUCGUUUCAGGCAUGAGAACAAGGUCAAGGUUAAAGGAAAGAAGGGCACUAAAAUGGACCGCGUGUGCGUGAUAAGAUAAACAGCUAUCGUGCUGCCAUUUUUUUUUCUUCUUAUACAAAUAAAAAGAAUUUAACUUUACCUAAGAAAAUGUCACCUCCAGAGCGUGUCGUAUUUGCUGUGGCGUGGCCCGCUGUGAGCAUGCUAUGUUGACAGUCAGAUCUUUUUAAACCUUGUUUUUUGUCUCCCCCUUUUUUCAGUCAUCUCCAAAAGUAUCGGCACCCUGCAUUAAAGUAUAAGGAUGCCAUAUUCUUAUUCUGUUUGUUCCUACUAAAUUUACUGUAUGACACCAUUAACAUACUCGUAAUGUAACGUUCAUUCAGACCCCAGGAUGUUGUGUUGAUUUUGAUUGUUGAUUGUGGAAAUGGUACUAUUAAAAGAUUAAUCUUUGGUCAAGUCAUAACCUCCUGGCAGAGGCAACCUGGUUGUACGUCUGCAAAUAAGUUUGUUUCAGGAUGUUAUGAGUUUAAUGCUUUUACUUUUCCGUUUCCUUUCCAAAAACGUAAAUUCAUCCACAAUCCCAUGACCCCAGUUCCUUUAAGUCUCGGAAAGGGUCAGGGAAUCAUCUUUCUUGUUAUUGAGGUGACAUUCUUCUUAGACUACCCCAGCUCUUGUUCAUCACUGUUUACAAAUUUCUAAACAUUUGUUUUUUUUGCAGGUGAUGAAUGUUUCAUAUCCGUUUCCUGAUGUGUACAUGUAACCAGUCUUGAUAUAAUCUUUGUUGUUGAAGGUGUAAAACCGCCUAUUUGUUCAAAAACAAAUUUAGGAUUUUUUUUUUGUCUUUUACAUUUAUUUUAAAGAGUUUGCAAGUGUCAGUUUUGUAAAGUAUGGUUAGAAAAAGAAAGGAAUGACUUAAGUCAGAACUGUUGUGUGAUCCUCAUGAUGGGAAUCAAUAAUUCUGGAGUUGACUUAAGUCUAGAGUGAAACUACAGUAAAUACAUAAACCUCCGUUAAUUGUCUUUUUAAUUAAAGAACUUUGUAUCCGGAUUUAGUGGCUUUAUUUUGAUUCGUAGCCGAAAAAUCCUAAACCACUAAAAAGAAUUAAGACUUGUUUUUAAAAAGAAGCAUAUUUUAUUCCAGGUACUUGUAUAGCUUGAAGUCGUAACCUCUUGACAGAGCUAAACGGGUUGAUUUGAGCGUUAAUGCUGUAUCUCUAAUGACCACUGAACAUGCCACGGUACUGUUGCUGCAUUUAUUCUGGGUCGCAUCAUAAACAGUAACAUGGUGUGGGAACAUGAAGUACCACUUGGGUUUCCUAAUCCAGACUGAAUUGAAUGACCGCAGUGCUGUUGUGUUUUUCAUGUAUUUGUGUUCUCUAGAAUGAGUUCUUUUGAUCACGAUGUAUGACGUGAGUGUAAUGUGACAUUUAAACUCUUUCCCUCACAAGCCAUGCAGAUUAAUAUUUUAUGUACUUGUGCACAUUUAA